CCUCUUUUUCCUUGUUCCCUACUCCCACCCCAAACGCAUUCUGUCUCUAAACCAGUGGGACAGGGACGGGGUUUCAGGACAAUAAACAGACACUAGUGUGAAAGUGUAUAACAGCACCAGCACAGUGUGAUAUUGGAGGAGCACUGGCAAGCACAACUUCCUAAAGAGCCAAGCUAAGGACUUCUACUUACACAGUCCCAGAGGACUGACAUAUUUUCACUGACCGGAUUUAACCAUGAAGUGGAGCGUGGCACUGUUUUUUGCUGGGCUCUUUGGUGCCUUGGGGACAGUUUUCAUCCUCCUAUCAUUUGGUACCGAUUAUUGGCUCUUGGCUUGGGAGACUUGCAAAACAGAUUCUCAGUUGCCGGAUAUUGUAGAGCAUGGGGAUUUGAUGGUGAACCAGGCUGCAGAUGAUGGAAACUCUUCCACCUUUUACCAUGAGGGCUUUUUCUGGCGCUGCUCAUUUGGAGGAAGAGGGGAUGAGGACAUCAUCUUGAAGUUCUGGUUCACAAACCAGCCGCACUCCAAAGUGUGCAUACAUGCCUACCUGUCUCCCUUCCCUGUAUCUGAACAGACCCACAAUGCAACCACUUAUGAGUCUGCCAUCAUCUACAGAGGCUUCUGGAGUGUCUUCAUGUUGUUGGGUGUGGCUGCAGUCAUCUUGGGUGGCUUCAUCAUAAUCUGUGCUGCUCCAUUCACCAAUCCCUGCCUCUAUAAAGCAGGUGGUGGACUCUUCCUCACAGCUGGUUUCUUCAUCCUUCUCGCCACUGUACUCUCUGUCAUCUGGUUGGAAGUGAUGGAUGUGGUGGGUUUAUAUGUGGAGUACCAAAAAAGUCAUCUGUGUCCAGGCUUUCAGCUGAAUAUUAUGUAUGGCCUUUCCUUUAUGUUCGCCCCAGUAGGCGUGUUCUUCUGCCUACUCUCGGGCCUGCUCUUCCUCCUGAUUGGGCGGGCACUGAAGAGGCAUUACUAAUAAGCAUCUUACUGACCAGCAGAAUGGUAUUUGUUCAUGUCCUUGGUUAUGACUAUAUAGCAGUGAGUGUAUGGAAUUAAUACAAAUGUUAACAUAUUUGUAUUCUUUGCUAGAGGGCGAGAUUUAUUUAUCCUGACAGUGCAGGAUAGAGAGAAAAUUAAUCAUAUGCAUGUUUUCACUGGAGGACCAUGGCUGAUAUGGGCAGUAGGUACGUUUUUGUGAAACAGGAAGUUUUGUCUUGCCAGACUGAUUGGCUGGUCACAGAAUGACCAAUCCUCUUUCUGACAUUUUAUAAAUCUGCAUUUAUCAAACCAGUGAAUACCAAAGCUAUUUUUACUUCAUCAUUUGUUCAAGCAUGGUUAUAAGUUGAGUACUGUAAUACUGUUAAACUGUGGGGGUGGUUUAGGGAUAUGGGAUCACUUGGUGUGUGUGUGUGGGUGUGUAUGCGUAUGUGCAUCCUUGCACAUAUGUAUAGGUUGAUACAGUUUUCUUUAAAAAUCUCUGUGAUUCUUAUAAGAUUUACACUACUUGUCAAAGGUUGGGACACAUAUGCUCAUAGAAAGAUAUUAUCUAUUUGUACUGUUUUCUACUAUUUUAUUAUAAUCAUGAAGAUAUUAGCACUAUGAAAUAAUGUAUGGAGUUAGAUGUGUGACCUUACCUUCUUAAAGGUAUUCACACACCCUUGCCAUGUUCUUAACCAGCUUCAUGAGGGAGCCUCACCCAAACCAGCUUUUCUUGAAGUUCUCAACUAGUCAUAGCACUUGUCAAAUUCUAAAGUUCUAAAUGAAAACUACUUGUCUGGGGAAACAAUUUCAUUUUAAGUAAAAACUACUUGUCUUUAUGUAAAAAAUAUUUUGAUUCAUUAAUAAAUUAAUGCCAAGAGAAGAGGCAUUAGUUCACUAUUUAGUUCUGUCUUAGAAAUAAAUUUCCACCAUAAGGUUUUAUCUAAAUGUCCUGAAGACUAUAAAAAUAUAUAUUCAGUCCAGAGCGUCCUAUUGACUGGUAAUGUAGCUUAUAAAAUCAUCUGUGUAGAAAUAUAUGUACAUUUUCUUGAAUAUGUAUCACCAUGCUAAUCUUAUAGUACAGAUGAGUUGGUUUUUAACAUUUAUUAAGAAUAUUUUAGUGUCUUGCAUGAUAGUCUUCUUUAAAAAACAAAAAGCUUAUUUUUCUACCAGCCCUGAAAGGUUAUGACACUUAUGUGACUAAGAUGUUUAUUGUUCUUAGUUUUCAUGAUAUGACCAGCUAGUUUUUGUCUGUCCAGAUGAGUGGAACCUUUUCAGCUCAAGCUUAAAAAGUUUUUCCUUUGUAAAUAAUAUUUAAUAUUGCUGUAAGAUGAUAUUUUAAAAGUUUUAUUUUAAACAAGUUAAUAAACAUUCAAGCUGAAAUCACAA